CACACAUCAGCAUGGGACGCUGCCUCGCGCCCCAACAAUGGAGUGGCUCAUACCAUCAUCGCUGAUUGUUGCGGGGACAUUCUUCCCAAACAAACCAAACGCAACUCCGCUUUUUUAGUCGUGAAAGCCUCGUCGCUCCGGAAUAAACCCCCCCAAAAAGGGAUCAAGUUGAAAUAUUUGCCGUCAGUUGACUUGGAAAACAUUUAAUCUCAGCUUUGUCAAGAUCUAUUCAAAGAAACCCUUUGCAGAAAAAAGAAAAAAGUGGCUGGAUUGUUCUGCGCCGCUGCCGCCUCCUCCAGCAGGAGCGCAUUUGAUAUCAGAGACGGUGCAGCCAUGGAUCUGACCCGGGGAUUUAAACGCUUGGAUUCAGUGGCGCGCUGUGCGUCUCUGUGAGGAUGGAAAGGAAAUAACCGGGAUUUUAACCAACAUACCAGGCAGUGUUGCAGCAAAAGGAUGCCGCUGGUUAAGCGCACCAUCGAGCCCAGGCACUUGUGCCACACGGUACUGCCUAGGAACAUCAAGAAUGAGCUGGAAUGUGUGACCAACAUCUCCUUGGCCAGUGUCAUUCGCCAGCUCAGCAGCCUCAGUAAAUAUGCAGAGGACCUUUUUGGAGAGCUGUUCAAUGAAGCCCACUCCUUCUCUUUCCGGGUCAACUCCCUGCAGGAGAGGGUGGACCGACUCUCCAUCAGCGUCACGCAACUGGACCCCAAAGAAGAAGAAUUGUCUCUUCAGGACAUCACCAUGAGGAAGGCCUUCAGGAGUUCUACCAUUCAGGACCAGCAGCUGUUUGACCGCUCAUCCCUCCCCGUCCCUCUGCAGGAAAGCCUCCAGACCUGCGAGGAGCCGCCUCCUCUCAACAUCCUCACGCCCUACAGAGAUGAUGGCAAAGAAGGCCUAAAGUUCUACACGGAUCCAUCAUACUUUUUUGACCUGUGGAGGGAAAAGAUGCUGCAGGACACGGAGGACAAGAGGAAGGAGAGACGGAAGCAGAAGCUGGAAAUGCCAUAUCUUCUGUGUCCCAAGAGUCUUAUAAGAGUCCUCUCUGAAACCCCUCCUCCUUUCCUUACUCCCCCAGAGUUGCAGGACCCCCGCAUGUAUGAUCAGGUCUAUAGGUACUUAGACCUUCCAGGGCAGCUGAAGGCGAUUGACCGUCCACCCGAGCCGGAGAAGGUGCCGCGACAGCCUCACGAUCGAAAGAAAGAGUGGCAGAAGCUGGCACUGGGGGCAGAGCUCGCCCAGGACAUACCAGAGGACAAACACAGGGAGCCCAACGGGUCCACUGGUUACCACGACAGCAGAGCUGCCUUGUACGUGGAGCAGCUGGACGGGCCCUUCUCGCUGGGAGCGCUGCCCUACACGCAGAUGAACGAACUGCUGAACCGCACUGGAGACAGAAUGUAUUCCCGACCCCACGACCCUCCGCCACCGCCUCCUCCUGGGCACCCGCUGGGCGAAAUCAAACCACCCUCUGUGAUCAGCUCCAGUUCAGGUUUCUCAGACAGCAGACCUCAAUCUCCAGCAAGGACAGCAGGCCUCAACUCCAGCACUCCUCCACCGCCACCACCCCCUCUCCCACCUCCUCCUCCACCCCUGCCCUCAUCGGGCCUGCGAGGCACUGCUCCUCCUCCUAUUCCUCCUCUGCCAGUCCAGCAUCAGCCUCCAGCAAUCCCUCCUCCCCCUGCUCCGCUUCAGAUCGCGCCCGGGGUGCUCCACCCGGCCCCACCACCUGUCGCGCCUCCACUCCACUCCUUGUCUCCAGCCCGACUCCAGCAUGUCCACGAAAAGGGCCAAUACAGUGGCUCUGGGACCCAAUCAGAUGGUACCAUCUUACCCCCUCCCCCACCACCACCUCCACUCCCUCUUCCUGGAGUGCGAAGUUCAUCACCCUGUCCCUCAGGCCCGCCACCUGUGCCGGCUUUCCCCUCAGCAGGAGCCAUGGCUUCCCCACCUCCUCAUGCCAUGCAUGAUGUGGCUACCAAGAGGCACUAUUCAUCCAAUCUGCCACCAAUCAGCGACGCACGCAGCGUACUCUUGGAAGCAAUCAGGAAAGGAAUCCAGCUGCGAAAAGUGGAAGAGCAGCGAGAACAAGAGGCUAAGCAUGAGCGAGUCGGGAACGACGUGGCCACCAUCCUCUCACGGCGAAUUGCUGUGGAGUACUCUGACUCGGAGGAUGAGUCGGAGUUUGAUGAAGGGGAUUGGAUGGAAUGAUAGAGGGCAUUGGG